GUCCUUUCAACGAUAUACAUAACAGUUUUUAAAUAGAAAGAAGAAAUGUGCUUACUAACCUUUGCAUUGGUUCUAUUGUUUACUUUCAACAAAAAUUAAAAACAAAUUCAAGAAUCGUGUAGAAAUUAUCACAAGUUUUUCGCUAAGACACAAAAAUGACUUCGUUACCAGAAAAUAUUGUUUCAGAUACUAUAGACUUUAAUAUGAAAGAUUUCUUAUUUGACACUUAUGAUUGUUUUUCAAACCAAUCCAGAACAAUGGAUAACAUUAAAGUAUCUGUUCAUCUCAUCCAAAAUGUACCUGCUACAAAGGAAGCUGUACUUGAAUACUUCCAUUCCAUCUUUUAUGCUGGUAUAAAAUGCAUGAUUACUGACAAUAAGAAAAAACAAGUUAUUUUUGUCAUGGAAGAAAGCAUAAUGGAGAUUUAUAAGAUCCUUAGCAAAUUCAUAAACGAAAAUCCCAAACCUUGGUCAUCAAUGAUAUCUUCUUGGGCAUUUGAUUUAUUAGGCACAAUAUCGUAUGACUUUUCUAAAUUGAUCGAUUCAAAACAGACAAUGAAAAUGAAUUCAGCUCUUCAGUAUUGGAUGUCGUGUGGAAUUAGUAGGAUGCUUGUUGAUCUUGCGGUUCAAAGUCUUCAGAGCUUAUCAACUGCUUCUGUAGAAUUAUGCAUUGAAAAAUUAAUUUAUUCAGUUAUAACCGACAAUCCAUACAUUUCAUGGUUAGUGGCUCACGUUGGUAAUUGUUUUCCAACGAUUGUUAUAAAUCAAAUUUUGUCGUGUAGUCUUAAAAAAUUAUCUAAAUCUAGAGAUGUUUUCAAAUUAAGUAAAAGUUACCAAACUGGUUCGUUAUUAGACGUACUUGACUAUUUAUCUUGUAAUCAUUUCAAUAUUUUAAAGAAAUCAGUAGUUGAAAUUUUCAACAAGAGCAUCAACGAUACACUCACGAAACCUGAUUUAUCAGAUAAAGACAUUGUUAUUCCAUAUUUGAUUCAGCUAGCAACAUUGUCUCCCAUUAUUCUUGAAGCCGUAGCAAAUUCAAUUGUGCAGAUAAUAAAUUCAGAAAUGAUCUUAAGGUUAUUUUCACGAUUUGAAAAUUGGAAAAUUCAAGUGAAUGCUAAUAUUGAAGCAAUGACUGAUAUGGGUAAACGACUUAUUUUAAACUGUGAACGAGAUGGCCUUCAAAUUUUGAGUAUACUUGCUGGGACUAUACCGGAAAGUGAGGAAGUUCCAUUGAAUGAAGAAAGUAAUUUCGUUAUCUCCGUUUGUUCGGAAGUUUUAGAAUCUACUGUGGAAGAAAUUGAAUUGUGCAUGAGGCGAGCUGAUGCAAAGAAAAAUAGUCUACCCUUUUUCAAAAUGCUAAAACAGAAUUUAAAUGAAGUUAUAACUCUUUUUCUCAGUAAUGAGCCGUAUAAAACAAAAAUGGCUGCACGCAUAUUAAAUAGUCUUGGAUUUCAAAAUCCAAACUUCAUUAUAGCAGCGUGUUCACAAAUAUUGUCAAAAUCACGAACGCGAACCCACCUAUCAGCUUUUAUAUGGUUGGUAACAAGCCCGACAAUUAGUUCUGACAAAAAUUUAUGCGCUAAUUUAUUGAAGGAUCAAGACUUUUUCCCUAAAAUUGUUGAACAAGCCUUAAGGGAGUUACAAUAUACAUCAUCCACAGCAAAUGCUUCUAUAGAACAACUUUAUAAUAAUUUAUUAAUACUACUUGAAUGGGAAUAUUCUACAAGAGUUAAUUGUUUACGAUCAAAAUGUGUCAGUCGUUCUGUAUUUGCAAAUUUAACAUCAAUUUUAGCACAUUUAAUGGAAUCGAAAAAUUACGAAACUAAGAACUGCAUUGUGAAAGUACUGCAUCUCUGGAUUAUGAUGAACAAAGAAUAUUUGAUUAAUUCACUUCUCAUUUACAAAUUAGUUGCAUCAGUUAUGAUCCAUUUGAGUGAAACGAUAAACAACGAAGGAAGUUUUGCUAAGAUAAAAAGAUAUAAGCUUUUAUCUCAGAUAAUCAAACAAAUAUCAAACCAUUUUCAGUUCGUUCGAAUUUUAGCCUUAAGGGAAACAUUCGAACUUAGCAUUCUGAAUAAACCAAUUUCUUAUUCAGGGUUUGUUCCAAAUUCGAUUCCAAAUGAACAAGAACCGUUAUUGUUGCACUACAAUCAUAAGCAGGGUACAGGUGCAAUUUUGGCACAAAGACAUUCAUCAGUUUUCCAUGCUGGUAUAAUUGGACGUGGACCCAGGUUGUUAGCAACUCAAACAAAUUCAUCUCAGAACUAUACUGACUUUACAACUACAUUAUUAAUUGAUAUGAUCAAGGUAUCGUCAAUGAAUCAAUUCAACCCACAUGAUACUGGUUAUCACCCAUUUACAUCUGUUAGUUUGUUGCUAGUAGAACUAGUAUCGCCGGACGUAAUGUAUAAUGGUCUACCUUGGCCAGAUGAAGAAUUCACCAAAGUGACUGUAGAAAGAGAUUUAAAAAUUCAAAGACUUUUUAAAGACUACCCUAUAUUAUGGAGGAUAUUGCAAUUAAUAGCUUGGUACAGACCUGCAGUUGCAUAUUGUUCUGUUCUUUUAAGGGCAAUCUUAGCAACUCAAUUAACGUAUAAUGAUACAAAAAAAAUGGCAAUGGCAAUCAAUGUUAUGUCACUUGGACAAUUUUUACCCACACCGUUAAAUCGAAUUAUUGAUUUCAUCGAUCAACUAAAGACUUAUCAAGUAGCAAUUUUAAUAAAGGAUUGCAUAUGGCUUUACAUGCAGGAGAAUGUUCCGUCGCCGGCGUUGUUUCCUCAAUCAGAUUGUUCAACAGUGGCAUGGCGUGACAUGGACAAUAUUAUUCCUAAUAUCCGUUAUUUGGAUAUUUUACGACUCACAUUGAUAGUCAAUAUGAGAAAUUUAGGGUUUUUGUAUCGAAUUAUAUUUUAUAAAUCAUAAAUUAAUGUAAGUUAAUUUUAUCGUUAACUA